CUGCUGAGGGCGGCGCUUCUUCCUCCUCCAGAAAGAGAAAAGGCCGGCCCAGGCCUCCGUCGGGAGACGUGUCUGUGGAGCCGGGCGGCCCGGGCCUAAAAUGCGCGUCAGCAUGUCGGGCUCUUGGUCUGUGGCGUCUUUGCAAAUGGCGUGUGUGGAACUGGUUUUGAAACACCAGGGCGUAGCCAUGAAUCCUAUUCAUUUAGUUGUGAAAAGUGGGGCUGAAUGAUUCAGAUACUCUCUUAGAUGCCUUCUUGGCAAAGGGUUGUGCUACUCUGGACAAAGUGGAGGACCUCAGUAAUGAAGGGAAUGAACAUCCUUCUAUGCUUCUGCAGCUCUAUGCUCAGGCUGUCUUAGACAUUACAUAUUUUGAGGAAAACCAGCUUGUGGAUGAAGAUUUCCCGGAAGAAUCUUCCUUGCAAAAAGUUAAAGAACUUAUUUGUAUUCUUUCAGAACCAGAAGACCUAGUAAGGGAAUGCAACAUAAGCGAAGAACCCAUCAACAUCCUUGGUACAGAGUUGUUAGAAUGUCUUUACUGGAGAAAAGGAGCCCUACUUUACAUGUAUUGUCAUACAGCAAAAGAAAGGAGUGAAUGGCUACGAGAAAACACUGCCAUAUUAAAAAAGUGUCUUAAUGACGGAGUUCAUUACUUGGUGAAGAUGCUUGACUUUAGAUGCUCUCUUCGGGUAAAUGAAGAUGUCUUUCUUCAAGAUAAAGAGACAGCUAGAUUACUCAGUGAAGGUAUAUUUAGUGAUACUCACUUACUGGCGAUGAUGUACAGUGGAGAAAUGUGCUACUGGGGACUGCGGCACUGUGGAGAAGAGUCACAGGAAAGCCUUGAGAUGAGUUCCAUCUGCAAUGGUGACCCGAGUUACAGAUCACACAGCCUGUCACUGGAUUUCCGAGAAACAGGCAAAAACAUGUUAAUGAAGUAUGUGUCUGUAUGUGAGGGACCUUUAAAAGGCCAAGGGUGGAACACAACAACUGCAGAACAAAUGUUGUGUUAUUUCAUGAAAUCCCAUGACUAAAAAUAAGCUGCUUUGCCUGUGCUGGAUGAAACCCUUGUGUCCAAAGAGCACGCUUUGAGGAGGUGAUCUCUGCUUCAUUGUCUGACUGUUCUUAUCCAAAUGUUUGCUUCUGUUGCAUUAAAAACACGCGUUCAAAGAA